CUGAGGGGCCGGGCGGCAUGCGUGCGUGGGAACGUGCGACCCCCUUCUGUGUGGGUCGGGAAAUAUAACAUAAAAAUGGCCUCCAAAAGAGCCCUGGUCAUCCUGGCUAAAGGAGCAGAGGAAAUGGAGACAGUGAUCCCUGUAGAUGUCAUGAGACGAGCUGGGAUUAAGGUCACCAUUGCAGGUCUGGCUGGAAAAGACCCAGUACAGUGUAGCCGUGAUGUUGUCAUUUGUCCUGAUGCCAGUCUUGAAGAUGCGAAAAAACAGGGACCGUAUGACGUGGUGGUCCUGCCAGGAGGGAAUCUGGGUGCACAGAAUUUAUCUGAGUCUGCUGCUGUGAAAGAGAUACUGAAGGAACAGGAAGAAAGGAAGGGGCUCAUAGCCGCCAUCUGCGCAGGUCCUACUGCUCUGUUGGCUCAUGAAAUAGGUUUUGGAAGUAAAGUUACAACACACCCACUUGCUAAAGACAAAAUGAUGAAUGGAAGUCAUUACAGCUACUCUGAGAGUCGCGUGGAAAAGGACGGCCUGAUCCUCACGAGUCGCGGCCCCGGGACCAGCUUCGAGUUCGCGCUCACCAUCGUGGAGGCCCUGAGUGGCAAGGAGAUGGCAGAUCAAGUGAAGGCUCCCCUUGUUCUUAAAGAUUAGAGCAGAAAAAAUUUGGCCCUCAGAGAGGUAGGCCAUGUGUAGUCCAUUCUCAUUGUGUUCUCUAAAAAAAUUGGUAGGUUAACGUGCCCGGCAGCUGCCCUCGGUGCUGCGUUUGUGGAGUACAGUCAUGAAGUGACGGCUCCACCGAGAUCUCUCAGCCCACAAGUUGUGUCUGUACAUUUCUGAGCCUUGUUUGCACAAUAAACGGAAUUUAGCAAAC